AUGCUGGCGGCGCUGGGCUCCCUGGCUGCGGCCCUCUGGGCAGGGCUGCAUCUCCGGACUCUCCUGCUGGGCGCCUUCGUCUUUCUGACCUUGCUGGAUUACAUCAAAAGGCGGCCUCCUAAAAACUACCCACCCGGACCCCCGAGGCUUCCUUUCUUUGGCAACUUUUUUCAACUCGACUUUCGAAAGCCUCACGAGACCGUUCAACGGUUUGUGAAGAAAUAUGGAAACCUCCUUAGCUUGGAUUUAGGAUACUUCUCUAGUGUUACUGUAACUGGAUUGCCUUUAAUCAAAGAAGUCCUCGUGCACACAGAGCAAAACAUUUUGAGCCGCCCCGUGACUGCUAUUCGAUACCGUGUCUUUAAGAAACAUGGGUUGCUCAUGUCCAGUGGUCAGGAGUGGAAGGAGCAAAGAAGGUUUGCCCUGAUGACACUUAGGAACUUUGGUUUAGGAAAGAAGAGCAUUGAUGAACGCAUUCAGGAGGAGGCCCACUACCUUGUGGAGACAAUACAGGAGGAGAAAGGACAGCCUUUUAACCCUCACUUUAAGAUCAACAAUGCCGUUUCCAAUAUCAUCUGCUCCGUUACCUUUGGGGAGCGCUUUGAGUACGAUGAUGCUCGGUUUCAGGAGCUGCUAAAGUUGCUGGAUGAAGCCACAUAUCUAGAAGCUAGUAUGUGGUCUGAGCUUUACAGUAUCUUUCCAUGGCUAAUGAAAUUCCUUCCGGGACCACACCAAACGGUCAUUAGAGACUGGGAGAAAUUGAAACUGUUUGUUUCUCGGGAGAUUGAAAGCCACAAGAAAGAUUGGAAUCCUGAUGAACCUAGAGACUUCAUUGAUGCUUACCUCACGGAAAUGACAAAGCAUACAGAUAAUACUACUUCAAGUUUCCAUGAAGAAAGCCUUGUCUGCAGCACACUGGACCUCUUCUUUGCUGGAACAGAGACAACUUCCACGACACUGCGCUGGGCUCUGCUUUAUAUGGCCAUGAACCCAGGGAUCCAAGAGAAAGUACAAGCUGAGAUCGACAGAGUACUUGGCCAAUCACAGCAGCCCAGCACUGCCAGCCGAGAACACAUGCCCUACACUAAUGCCGUCAUCCAUGAGGUGCAAAGAAUGGGUAACAUCGUUCCCCUGAAUGUACCCAGAGUAGUGACAUAUGAUACCACACUGGCUGGAUACAACCUGCCAAAGGGCACCAUGAUCCUGACCAAUCUGACUGCCCUGCACAGGGACCCCAAAGAGUGGGCCACCCCUGACACCUUCAAUCCGGAGCACUUCCUGGAGAAUGGACAGUUUAAGAAAAGGGAAUCCUUCAUGCCUUUUUCAAUAGGAAAACGCGUUUGCCUUGGAGAGCAGCUGGCCAGGGCUGAGCUGUUUAUUUUCUUCACUUCUCUCAUGCAAAAAUUUACUUUCGAGCCCCCAGCCAACGAGAAGCUGAAUCUGAAUUUCAGAUCAGGCCUCACCCUCUCUCCUGUCAGUUACCGCAUCUGUGCUGUUCCUCGGGUGUAA